AUCAACAUCCUUUCCAUUACAUUUCCAUAUUUCUUACCAAACACCCCCUAAGGCCCUAAAUGUGAAUGGACGGUCGCCGAUGAUGUUAUUAGAUCAGACGGUUGAUACUGUAUACGUCACUAAACUUCAUUCUAUGUUUGCAUUUUUUUUUUUAUCUCUUUAAAGCUUUUCAUUUUACGCUGCAAUUUCUCUCUCCUCCAUUGAAGCGUACUCUUCAGUUCUCCAUUGAAGCGGCUUCUGAGCUAUCUCUCCUCCAUUGAAGCGGCUUCUAAGUUAUGAUGUUUUCUCUUAUCUUUUAAUCACUCAGUAUAAACUUUACAAUUCAGGGUUCAAUUUCUCACUUUCGGCAAUUUAAUUGUCAUUAUUGUGAAUUUAGGGUUCUUCUAAGCUUGGGCACUACUCUUUGUGAGCUUUUGGCAAGUCAAAUGGCCAUUUCACCUUGUGGAACCACAUGGGGAGUUCAGUGGGGUGUUCGCCCCCUACUUAUGUCAAGUCAUUCGGUGGAAAGUAAAUUUGCAACCAUUUCAAGUUGUGGACCAAGCAAGAUAAGAGCGUUUCAAUCCCUGAGUUCCAGCUUUUUUUCCCCUGAACCGGUGCAUUUAAUAUUUAAUGUGAGUUCAGCUCGAAAUCCAUGCCAUAAAAGGGGUUUCCGCUUCAUCGUUAGAGCUGAGUCUGACUUCUAUUCGAUUCUAGGUGUAUCACGAAAUGCCAGCAAAUCAGAUAUUAAAAGUGCUUACCGGAAGCUUGCAAGGAGUUACCAUCCUGAUGUUAACAAAGAGCCUGGAGCAGAGCAGAAAUUCAAAGAUAUCAGCAAUGCUUAUGAGGUCUUGUCAGAUGAUGAGAAACGGUCUAUAUAUGACAGAUAUGGGGAGGCUGGUCUUAAAGGAGCUGCAAGUGGCCCAGGGGAUUUCUCAAAUCCCUUCGACCUAUUCGAGUCUAUAUUUGACCUCGGUGGUAUGGGAAUGGGGGGAAUGGGAGGACGAGGUGCUAGAAACAGGGCCACUGAAGGUGAAGAUCAGGUUUACAAUCUGGUGCUUAAAUUCAAAGAAGCCAUUUUUGGCAUUGAGAAGGAUAUUGACAUAAGUCGUCUGGAGACCUGUGGUACCUGCAAUGGAUCAGGUGCCAAACCUGGUACUCAGCCAACCAAAUGCAGCACAUGUGGUGGCCAAGGACAGGUCAUCUCUGCAGCACGCACUCCCCUUGGUGUGUUCCAACAAGUUUCCACUUGCUCAGCCUGUGGCGGGACUGGGGAAAAUUCUACUCCUUGUAAUACCUGCAGUGGUGACGGACGGGUGAGAAAAUCAAAGCGCAUUAGCUUGAAAGUCCCAGCUGGUGUUGAUGCUGGUAGUCGGCUGAGAGUUCGAGGAGAAGGUAAUGCUGGAAGGAGAGGUGGGCCCCCUGGAGACCUCUUUGUUGCCAUUGAUGUCAUCCCUGACCCUGUUUUGAAAAGGGAUGAUACAAAUAUUCUCUACUCCUGCAAAGUUUCUUACAUUGAUGCCAUCCUUGGGACAACUAUGAAGAUCCCAACUGUGGAUGGGUCAGUAGAUAUGAAAAUACCACCGGGCACACAGCCCGGGACAACUUUGGUGAUGGCUAAGAAAGGUGUGCCAAUGUUGAACAAGCCCAACAUUAGAGGGGAUCAGCUGGUGAGAGUGCAAGUUGAAAUUCCAAAACGUCUUAGUGAUGACGAAAAGAAGCUUGUUGAGGAGCUUGCUAAUUUAAAUAAAGCCAAGGCUCCGAACAGUAAAAGAUAGCCCAACUGAUAAGUUAUAAAACGUGUUCUAUUGUGUUGAUGGUGAUUUUGCUCGACUUCCCCUCUCUGAUUGAUCUCAUUAAGCUCUAAGCUGAAGUAGAUGGAAUAGGGAUAUUUCCCAAGGCGAAUUUUGUUGUACGUAUUAUACGAAUUUUUGAAGAAGGAAUCAACUUAGGUAUCUGUUCACAUUUUCGCUGUUGUCACAUCUUUUUGUUUCCAAUUUUUUGACUUUGCUGAGAAUAUUGUAUAUUCAUUGGUGCUAUAGCCAUUUAGAAACUGGUGUAAGGUUUUUUUUUUUUUUUUUUUUUUUUUUUUUUUUUUUUUUUUUUUUCAAACAGAAGCGAAUAUAGCAAAAGAAAUUUUAUCUGAGAAUGAUGAACAAGGCCUCUUCACUUUUUA